AUGCCUGUUGUUGAUAUACACAGUCAUCUGUACCCACCAGAGUACAUCGAAAUUUUUGAAGGCACGCAUCUGCCUGGUCGACCGCUCACGGACCACUACUAUUCAGUUACGGCAAAGAUUGCCUUUAUGGACACUCAUGACAUCGACAUCUCAGUUUUGUCGAUGGGAAAUCCAUGGCUCGAUUUCCUUGAGCCUUCGAUGGCGGGAGAAACUGCUGUUUCUAUGAACAAUGCCAUGAAUACACUAUGUGAAAAGUAUAAACAGAGACUAUACUUCUUUGCCAUGCUACCAUUAUCUCGGUUGGACGAGUCAACGAUUUUGGUCCAAGUCCAAAACAUCACCAUGCUCCCACAGGCCCGAGGAGUUGUCAUUGGCACCAACGGACUGGGAGACGGGCUUGACGAUCCGCGAUUGUUGCCCGUUUGGCGUGCACUAGCUGAGGCUGAUCUGCCUGUUUUUAUACACCCAAACUACGGACUUCCGGCCUCAGUAUGGGGUGGAAAGCACGGAAACAGUCAAAUAAUGCCGCUAUCAAUCGGCUUUACGGCCGAGACCACCAUCGCUAUUACCCGCAUGUUCCUAGCCAGAGUAUUUGACAAAAUACCGAAAUUGCGACUAAUACUUUCUCAUAGCGGCGGGACAUUGCCUUUUCUUGCCGGACGCAUCGAGGCAUUUAUAUUCGACAAGAUUGGACUAAAAGCUGCGGUAGAAGCAAGUGGUGUUGACCGUGUAAUGUUUGGCACUGACCAUCCAUUCUUUGCACCGGUUAAGAAGACAGCCCUCUGGCCGGCGAUGACUUGGAACCGAGAUGCGGUACGAGAGGCGCUCGGUGACGAGGAGUAUGCAAUGGUCAUGGGAGGGAAUGCAAAGAGGGUAUUACACUUGUAA